AUGUACAUGCUCUAUAGAGAAGACUGCAAAAAGAAAAAUCUCAUCCCAGUCAAACACCACAUGUACGCACAUCGCGGAGAAGCCCUUAUACCCAUAAAACGACCUAGCGGGGACGACGAAUCGGCAUUCGUGUGCAGGAAGGGGUUUCAUGCCAUCAAUGUACAAGCCGUGUGUGAUGCGAAACUUCAAAAAUAUCAAUGUAGUGAACGUUUUUCAUCUUCAUAUAGAUAUGCAUGCAGGCCCUGGCUCCUAACACCAGUAGGUGCUGCCACUACAUGGCCACAACACAGGUACAACACUGCCCACAUGAAGACCAGAAACACCAUUGAAAGGGCUUUUGGUGUUUUGAAAUCAAGAUUCAGAUGCCUACACAAAUCAUCCGGGUCCCUUCAAUUUACCCCCAAGAAAUGUGCACAAAUUAUUAUGGUAGCAUUUAAGCUACAUACUUUCUGUAUAGAAUCUCGGCUGGCCAAUCCACCUGCUCUGGAAGAAGAAACUGUCCCAGAAAUUAAUUACACCUAUCAGGGACCUCUGAAUGAUGGCCACAGGAUGAGGAAGGAGUUAAUCCAGAACAAAUUUGCAUAAAUGUCAAAUGUAAUAAUCUGACAUUUCCAAAUGUACAUCAUAUACUAGUCUUGUUCCAAUACUUGAAUAUGAUGUAUUUGAUUCAUAUAGAUGAUUAAGUAAACUCUGUUAACAAAACAGAUAAGACAGGAAAUGUUGCACCAUAAUAUCAACAUUUAUUGUUUAUGUAGGGAUGAGGUGCUGUAUUAUCUAUUUACAUUUAUAUAUUUACACGCACACACACACGAACACACUUGAGUGAAAUAACACGAAGAAAUGACAUCAUCACAUUUUGUAUAUUUUGUAGAAAUGUAUGUUUGU